CCGACGCCGACGGCUACGACUGAUACGGUUACACGUCGAUUUCACGGAUUUGCUGACCGGACGCUGUUCACCGUGUCCGUAGCUGUUGUACGUCGGUUUCCGAUCGGUUCGGGCUGCGGAGACGACCGCACGGUUCGUCGGUGCCAGUUCUCUUCGAGAUGAUGGCGAACAACUUUCUGGGCACGAAAGGAUCGAUUAGCCGUGCCGUUCUACGAGUCAAAUGUCACGUACGGAACAACUCCACGGCAAAAUAUUGCUUGGAUUUGGUCAGGAAACAUGAUUAUGAAAACUAUCUAUGUACACUAUUACUACAUAAAGAUAUUAGAAGGACAGGAUUUGCUAUCAGAGCAUUUAAUAUUGAGGUAGCUACUAUUCAAGAUCAAGUAAGCGAUUUAAAAAUUGGUGAAAUGCGUUUUAAAUUCUGGGAGACAUCGUUGGCUGAAAUAUAUAAUGAUAAAAUACCAAAACACCCAGUGCUCAUAGAAUUGUAUAUAGCAGCAAAAACACAUAAACUGAGUAAAACAUAUUUGAAACGUUUAAUUUCAUCUCGAGAACAAUUUAUGUUAAAUUCCACAUUGAAAACCAUAGGAGAUAUGGAUACUUAUGCUGAAAACUCCGUUUCUUCAAUAUACUAUUUAUUUCUUGAAACAAUGGGAAUCAAGAGUGUAUCAGUUGACCAUGCAGUUAGUCAUCUAGGUAAAUGUCAAGGUAUUGUAAACAUCAUUAGAGGCAUACCGCAUAAUGUCAAAUUAGGAAGAAUAUCAAUACCUCAAGAUAUUAUGUUGAAGAAUAAAGUUUCUUAUGAAAAUAUCAUUAGAAAUUCUAAUGAAAGGAAUGUGCAAGAUGCAAUAUAUGAAAUGGCUUCCAGAGCCAAUAGUCAUCUAAUUAAAGCCAAUAAAUUGGAGAAGGAUGUAGACAAACGAGUUAAAUCAAUAUUUUUACCAUUUAUCCCUCUACGUUUGUAUUUGGAAAAGCUUCAAAAAGUAGAUUUUAAUUUAUUUGAUAAAACACUACAACAACGAAAUAACUUGUUGCCUAUAAAAUUAUUAUGGUAUAAAAUUACUCAUUGAAAUUAUUUCAAUAUUU